AUGAGCCCCUAGUAAAUUAAUUAAAUCAAAGGAAUGUUUGAACUGCAGACAGAGGGUAAAGGACUAUUUUAUAAGUACCAAGGUAGAUAUUACUAAAUCAACCAAACUAAUAACAGCAACCAAACUAACAACAUAAUGAUCAAAUCAGGCAUUUAAAUUAAAACUUUGAUGUUAUAUAAAAUGGAUUAUAAAGUGAGAAUCAUAUUCCUCAACGAGAUAUUCCAAUAAGAUCCAAUGAUGAUGCUGUGGCCUAGGAAUAAUGUUAGCAAUGAUUAAUCAGAAAUAGAUGAGGGUGUAUAAAAUCAAAUUGGAUAGCCCAAUUAAGCAUAGUUACAUCAGAACUCGUUCUAGUUCAUUCAAGGGUCAAUUCAUAUGCCAAAUGAUUUUUUCCAGGAGAAUUAGUUUGUUCAAGGGAAUAUCUAGAACUAAAAUAGUAUUAAUCCAAACUAAAUAUUUAACUCAUUUUAGCCUGACUACUAUGUUGCUCCUAUUCCUGAUUUUAGACCUGAUUACAUUGAGGAUAUGCCUUUAGUUUAUGGGAGUAACGAUUUUAAUGAAAUAAAUAAAUAUAAACCUAAGGUCCCCAUAAUAAAUGAGAAAAGUCUUGAUAAUGAUAAGAACUAUUUAAUCUGGCAAAUAGACGAAACUAAAUAUUAAAAUGUUACAUUACAAAGAUAAUUAGAUGAGUUGAAGCGACAGCUGUUUUUUAGUCAAAGGAAAACUUUAAGAAAGAAGAUAAAAAAUAGAGAGCUUAAAGAAAAGUUAGAAAAAAUUGAGUCUAAUGAUAAUUCAAAAGUCUCAAAGUCAAAGGAAAAUAGUUAAGGAAAAUUUCAGUUGGUGGAGCAGACGAAGCAACAGAUUCAGGACACCCUGAACGAGAAGAUCAAGGAGUACAUGGUUAUUGAGCAGGACCUCCAAACAAGAGCCCACAAGGCUGAAAUGGUGAAGAAGCUUGAAUCCGAGAAAUAAUAAGCAAUGAGAUAAUUACAAGAUUACAAAGAGACUACCGAGACUUAACAAGCUGAAUUAAUUCAGGAUUUGCAGGAUGAGAAUCAGCACUUAGAAGAAUAAUACAAGAGUAGUCUGAAGGAAAAAAAUACUCUGGAGGAUAAACUUGAUAGUGUAACUACAAAAUUAGACAAAAGAGAUUCAUUUAUUGACUAACUGCAGUACCAAAUAAAAGAAUUAUAGAAUAUGCUGAGUUAACAAGAGUAAAACUUGCAGAAAAUAAAUAGGUUUAAUGAUGAAAACAAGACCAAGGUUAGAACUCUAGAGCAAAAGUUAAAACAACUUCAAACAGGAAAGCUGAAGGAGGCAAAAGAUUAGCUUUCAAAAAUUGAGAGUGAGAGAAAUGUUUUGUAAGAUAUGCUUGCAAGUGCAAAUAAGUAACUUAAAAUGAGGGAAUCUGAACUUGCAAGAGAGAAAAAAAAAGUUGAAAAAAUGGAGAAGAUAGCUUAGAUCAAUAUGAUUCAAAACAAUAUGAAUCAAAAUAAGCAAGCCCCUCCUUAACAAUAGAAUCAUAACUAUCUUGCUGUAAAUGACCAUCAUUUUAAUGAGCAUCACUAAUUGAUUAGUGGCUCUGACUUCAAUGACAGAGAUUAGUAGUUUAUGGAUGACAUUGAAGAGACCGUAUAAUAAAUGAAGCAAUAACAUAUGAUUAGAAACUAAAGUCUAGAUCAUAUUGAAGAUAGAAGUAAGCAUUAUCAUUCAAAAAAUCAUAGAGAUGAGCCCUCAUUCAUUUCUAGAUAAGCUUAAACACCCAGAUAAGUAAAGCAAAUCAAAAGAAAUAAUCAAAGUGUCAAUGACAGUGUCAUUAGUAUUCACACUCCUGAGAUUAAAUCUAGAUUAAGCAAUGAAUUGAGGCAUAAGUUAUUAGACAAAAUUAGGCCUAAGGAUUCUCGAGAGCGCCAAAGCAUUGAUGUUCUUAACAAGAUAAAUGAACAUAGAGAAGCAGCUAAAUUCUAAGUAAAGUAUGACAAAGAGCUUAAUGAUUACUAGAAUAUCAUUAAUAAGCCCUAAUUCAAGAAUAACUCAAAUGGGGUGAGAGGAUUAUUCUAAUCCAGCAUUGAACUUCCUAACAUCAACAAUCACAAUCAUAGGAGGCCUUAUCCUAUGAAUUCUAAUCCCAAUAAUCAUAAUUAUAAGAGCACUGAAAAUAUCCUAAUCUGA